AUGUCAAGAAAGGCAACAUCAAGAUAUGGGAUGAGAAAAAGUUUCCUGCCAAAACCUGUUAAGAAGAAGUCCGAAUCCGAUGACAGCAAAAAGAUACAUAAAGACUAUCACCGACACCGUUCAUGUCCGAUUGAGGGUUGCAAGUCAGUGGUGAAGCACUUGUCCGCUCAUUUACGGCAAGUGCAUAGGGACAUCCCGGUAGGGUCACCUUUGUACAAAAAAACUUUGAAAGAAGCUGGUCCUACGAAAACGUGGAUACCUUCGAAAAAAGCUAAAUGUUCUCGUUCAGAGAUGGAUACAUUGCACUCCCCUUCGGAUCAGUCUGAAAAAGAGGUAGAGAUGACAAAUAACACUGGUCCUUCCGACGUACCGUCAAAUAACGAAGAGCUAGAAAUUAUGGAAUUGGCAGAAGAUGUUGGUUUCUCAAAUGAGGAACAAAAGCUCGAUGUGAUGUUCUCCUUUUGCAGUUGGUUGCAGUCUGCAGAUGGCGGUAGAAAGGAUCCUAAGCUAUCCAAACAUGCCUCCCAGUUGUCCCGUAUUCUGGAAAUAAUUGACCCAACAAAGAACUUGAGGUCUUUGUUUAGAAAGAGUCUUCUUCGGGACAUUUUUUUAAAGCAUGCAGAAACGAAGUAUACCGCUGAUACCAUUAAGGCGUAUCUUCUCAGUUUGAGGCAUUUCUGUUCGUACGUGACAUCAGAGAAACCUGAGUGUGUAGAUGUUGAUCCUGCCCUUGUCAGCCAAAUUGCAGAGAAAGCACGUCUUUGGUCCAUGUCUUCCAAAAAGUAUAACAAACGGAGGCAUCUAGAGAAGAUGAACAAGGACCUCAACAACCUAGUAACCCCUGAUAUGAUCAAUGAGUUUGAACGGAGUGAGUCGGCACGGAGCGUUGUCGGAUACAUAGAAAAACUCACUGGAGCGCAUUCACUGGUUGUAAACCAAGCCGUGUACACUCUUAUCAGAGAUUUUCUACUCCUUGAAAUUACCAUUGCAAAUGCACACCGAUCUGGCGUGUUAGCUAAUAUGACAGUUGGCGAAUUUAAGGCUGCAAAGGAAAAGCAGGAUAGCAUCGUCAUAAGUGUCAAGAAGCACAAAACAGCGGACACUCACGGCCCAGCGCGCGUGGUGUUGUCGCCAACCCUAUUUUCGUAUUUACAAGUGUACUUCAACGAAGUGCGAAGCAGGGUGUUGGAUUCCACCAGUAAUGAGAAUGAGAGUGACAAAGCUUACGUAUUUUUAUCUUGGAAUGGGGCAAAGAUGGAGUCUGGCCAAAUCUGCACUGCUAUAAAUGCAGCAUUGGGAAAAGGCGGAAUGCAAGGGCACAUCUCAUCAACUUUGUUUCGCAAGUCUGCUGUCACGAAUGUGCACGCGCGGCAUAACGAGUUGAGAUCAGAUUUGGCCGACCUUAUGGCGCAUAAAGAGACCACCGCACAGAUUUUAUCGCCUUAA